AGCGACGGCUGGGUGUGGCGGGCACGGGCGGCCACUGCGCCUGCGCGCCCUCGCGCCUGCGCCGUCGGCCGGGCUCCCCGCCCCCGCUCUCGGAAUCCCCGGGUCCCGAGCGCCCCUGCUCAGCCCCCAUUGACCGGGCCGUUCCACCGGGAGGAUGGCGUUGCCCCGGCGACGCGCGGCCCCGGAGCCGCGUUCUCCCCGCUGGAGCCGUGGUGUCCACGCGCGGCGCGGCCGGGCGGUGACUCCGGAGCGGGUCGCCGGCGUCCGGACGGGCUCUGCUUCCACCUGGCGCCACUGCCCUCUCGGGGCUCCCGGGACGGCCAGACAGUGAGAAAGCAGUCUGGCUCCUGAGGUCCACCCCUUAUGCCCCAAGGUCCAGAUGGCGGCCAACGUGGGUGAUCAACGUAGCACAGAUUGGUCUUCUCAGUACAGCAUGGUGGCCGGGGCAGGCAGAGAGAACGGCAUGGAGGCUCCUAUGCGUGAGAACCCAGAGUGGGAGAAGGCCCGCCAGGCUCUGGCCAGCAUCAGCAAAGCAGGAGCCGCCGGCAGCUCUGCCAAGGCCAGCAGCAAUGGGCCUGUUGCCAGUGCCCAAUACGUGGCUCAGGCGGAGGCCUCGGCCCUGCAGCAGCAGCAGUAUUACCAGUGGUACCAGCAGUACAGCUACGCCUACCCGUACAGCUACUACUACCCCAUGAGCAUGUACCAGAGCUACGGUUCUCCCUCCCAGUAUGGCAUGGCCAGCUCGUACGGCUCCGCCACACCCCAGCAGCCAUCGGCACCCCAGCACCAGGGGGCUCUGAACCAGCCCCCAGUCCCUGGCAUGGAAGAAAGUAUGUCCUACCAGGCCCCCCCUCAGCAGCUGCCGGCAGCCCAGCCCCCUCAGCCCUCCAACGCCCCGCAUGGGGCUCAUACUCUGAACAGCGGCCCCCAGCCUGGAACAGCCCCAGCCACACAGCACAGCCAAGCAGGGCCUGCCUCGGGCCAGGCCUAUGGGCCACACACCUACUCCGAGCCUGCCAAGCCCAAGAAGGGCCAACAGCUGUGGAACCGGAUGAAGCCAGCCCCUGGGACUGGUGGUCUCAAGUUCAACAUCCAGAAACGGCCCUUUGCUGUCACCAGCCAGAGCUUCAGCUCCCCCUCAGAGGGCCAGCACAGCAGCUUCGGCCCCCAGCCCAACCCCGAGAAAGCCCAGAACCACAGGGGGAGCCUGUCCGGGAAGCCUGACGAUUGGCCGCAGGACAUGAAGGAGUAUGUGGAGCGCUGCUUCACUGCCUGCGAGUCGGAGGAGGACAAGGACCGGACGGAGAAGCUGCUCAAGGAGCUGCUGCAGGCCCGGCUGCAGGACGGUUCGGCCUACACCAUUGACUGGAGCCGGGAACCCCUGCCAGGGCUGACUCGGGAGCCUGUGGCUGAGAGCCCCAAGAAGAAGCGGUGGGAGGCCCCUAGCAGCCUUCAUCCUCCCAGGGGGGCAGGCUCAGCGACAAGGGGCGGGGGUGCCCAGUCCCAGCGAGGGACACCAGGGGCUGGGGGUGCUGGCCGAGCCCGGGGCAGCAGCUUCGCCAAGUUUGGCAACCGCAAUGUCUUCAUGAAGGACAACAGCUCUUCCUCCAGCACGGACUCCCGCUCCCGUUCCUCCUCCCGGUCCCCCACUCGCCACUUCCGCCGCAGUGACUCCCACUCGGAUUCAGACAGUUCUUACUCAGGGAAUGAGUGUCACCCUGUGGGUCGCAGGAACCCCCCCGCGAAGGGCCGAGGAGGUCGGGGGGCCCACAUGGACCGGGGCCGAGGCAGGGCACAGCGUGGGAAGAGGCAUGAUCUCGGUCCCACCAAGCGCAGCCGCAAAAAGAUGGCCGCACUAGAGUGCGAGGACCCUGAGCGUGAGCUGAAGAAGCAGAAGCGGGCGGCCCGCUUCCAGCACGGACAUUCCCGCCGCCUGCGCCUCGAGCCCCUGGUGCUGCAGAUGGGCAGCCUGGAGAGCAGUGGUGCUGACCCAGACUGGCAGGAACUUCAGAUCGUGGGCACCUGCCCUGACAUCACCAAGCACUACCUGCGUCUCACCUGCGCCCCCGACCCAUCCACUGUGCGCCCUGUGGCAGUUUUGAAAAAGUCUCUGUGCAUGGUCAAGUCCCACUGGAAAGAGAAGCAAGACUACGCCUUUGCCUGCGAGCAGAUGAAGUCGAUUCGGCAGGACCUGACGGUGCAAGGUGUGCGGACGGAGUUCACGGUGGAGGUGUACGAGACGCACGCCCGCAUCGCCUUGGAGAAGGGCGACCAUGAGGAGUUCAACCAGUGCCAGACGCAGCUCAAGUCGCUGUACGCCGAGAACCUGCCAGGCAACGUGGGCGAGUUCACUGCUUACCGCGUCCUCUACUACAUCUUCACCAAGAACUCAGGAGACAUCACCACGGAGCUGGCGUACCUGACUCGGGAACUGAAGGCAGACCCCUGUGUGGCUCACGCCUUGGCACUGAGGGCGGCCUGGGCUCUGGGCAACUACCACCGCUUCUUCCGGCUCUACUGUCAUGCACCCUGCAUGUCUGGGUACCUGGUGGACAAGUUUGCAGACCGGGAGCGCAAAGCUGCCCUCAAGGCGAUGAUCAAAACGUAUGUGAAGCUGGGUUCUCCCCUGCCCCCUCUGCUCUGCCGGCCCCGCCGCUGCCUUCCUUCCCCACUUCCCUCCUCCCUCUGCACACUCGUGGGCUGUCCGGCUUCCAGCUCCCGUGCCCUGGACACUGGUCCUCUGUCCCCAUGUCUUCUUUCUACACGUACCCUGCUCCCCAGCCCCUCCCGCUUCCCUUCCCACUGUUGGCCCUCUGUCUCCCUAGGCCUGCCUCUGCAUCUCCCUUCUUCCCCAAUCUGUCUCACUGCUCCAGGGUUCUCUCUCCACCCCCGAGUCUCUCUUUCUCCUGCUCGCGUCACCCUGGACCCUGGUUUGUUUUCUUGCUCUGGGCUCUUGGUUUCCUCCCUCGGUCUCUGUUCACCUUUCACGGCUCUCCUGACACUGAGUCCCACUCGGUAGAGACAAACUAGGAAAGAUGGCUGUGCUCUUGGUAGCUUCUGAUCGAACGGGACCAAGACCCCAUUCCAACUCGAGCUGCUUUAAGAGGAUAGAAAACACGUAGGGAGGCAGGUGUGAUGUGGGCACAAGCCAGAUCAGGGACUGUGUGUAAAAAGAGUAAGCUCUCUGUACGUUAGUUGUUCCCUGUGUUGCGCGCGCGUGCAUGGUGGGCAACUUGUGGUUCUGCCGGGGGUGAGAUGCCCCGGGUGACGUAAGGAGGGGUCGGGUGACCUCUUUUGUUGGCACAAGUAGGGGCUGCUGCUGGUGUCCAGUGGGUAGAGGCUAGGGAUGCUGCUCAGCCUCCUGCAGGGCCCAGGACGCCCCACAACAGAGAAGCGGCCCCGGUGUCAGUCUUGCCAAGGUUGAGAACCCUCAGUCAGAGGUUGGUAGGUCCAAGGGGCCACAUCAGUUAGCUUAGGAGCCACAGGAAUGGUGUCGGACUGGGGAGGGACCGUCACACUGAAGUUAGGAAACACACUCCAGGAUCCGAUUUGGGUCCAGAUUUAAGGCAGAGGCUGAGCCAGGGCCGGGGCCGCAGAAGUAGACAAGGAUGUGGGACAGAAACAUGAAGGCGACAGGAUACACAGGACCUGGUUAUCUACCUGGGAGAGACAGGGAGGUGGGCUGUCUAAAGGCCCCGUGGGCUGUCCCGGAGUCUGCCCUCCGCAGCGGGAUAGCGGCUCCCAAGCUUCUGUGUGGCUCCCAGGGGUGUCGUGUGGGCCGGUCACUGUUGUGGUUAGUUCAUAUGUGCUGGGUCUUGGUUGGGGCCGCCGCCGUGAAGGUGCCUUGUCGGAGGGGCCUUGGCCUACACUGGCCACCCGCUCUCUUUCCCCCCGUCCUUAGCAGACGGGCCCCUCCCUCCCAGAGCCCCCAGAACAGGUUUUUGCAGGGUGGCCAGGAGGCCAGCUCCCUCGUGGGGAGAAAUAGGCUCUCUCGUGCUCCCGUGGAUAUCCAGAGCUGUGAUGGAGCGCGGGCUCGAGGCAGGACUGGGUCACGUCCUUUGUGCGGCAUCCUCCCUGUGUGAUGCCGGCCAGGUGGCUUUGCCUGUGGAGCUCGGUUCCCUCAGCGUCUGUUUCUAAAGGGUAGGGGGACGCACUUUCUGGGAGAGAAUUCAGCAGGUUAACAGCCAGUUGCCAGCACACGCGAGUCUUCUUAGCAACUGCAAGUGACUGUUGCCAGCGUGUAACAGGCGUUGGCUGACCCUGUGCCGGCCAUUCCUGAGGCACUUUGACCCAGGCAGGGGGCACAGCCAGGGUGGGUCCCCCAGAGUAGCUGUCAGACCUGCCAACCCAUGCCCACCCCCAUCCCCUCGGGUCACUCCCUCUGCCUGGCCCCCUGCCCUUGGGCCACAGCGGGCCCUCUUCUGAGGGACUGCUCAGGCCCUUGAGCAGCGGAAGAGCCAGCUGGGCCCUUCCCUCCCAUCCCCUCUCCUUGGUCCCCCCGUACAGGUAAGUGAGGGUGAAGGGCGGCACAGCCGGGGCUGGGGCCACCAGCCCCACCCCGGGCCCCCCCAAGCCCUGGAGGUGGGGAGGCUGGGCGGGGAGGGCUAAGAGGUCAGGUAACGUGCUGAGGAAACCCUUUGGGUGCCCUAAGGGGGGGCACCCACUCCCUGCCCGCCGCCCGCCUCAUCACAUUCUCCUCUUGUCUCCGUAGCUUCCGCCCUGCGCUGCCAGUCUCCUACCUGCAGGCCGAGCUGGCCUUCGAGGGCGAGGCCGCCUGCCGGGCCUUCCUAGAGCCCCUGGGCCUGGCCUACACGGGCCCGGACAACGCCAGCGUCGACUGCCGCCUCAGCCUGG